CCUGCGGUAAGAUGGCGGACUGGGUGGAUUCGCUCUUUGACUCUCGCUCCUUCCCGUGCUGUGGGCUCCAGGAGUUCAGUCUGCUUCCUGGCCACAGCAAGUUGACAGAGAGAGUGAAAAAGCGACUCUACUAUGGUCGAGAUAUGGAUUACAGCAUGGAUGCUCUAUCCUGUCCUGUCACCGACAUUGCAGUUGAACUGCUUCAGAAAUCAGCACCAAGUCCCAUUCGAAAACUCCAGAAGAAAUACGCAGCUCACGUGGCUAGGGAGGCCUGUAUCUCGCCUUGUGCAAUGAUGCUUGCUCUCGUCUACAUUGAACGACUAAGGCACCGAAAUCCAGAGUACCUACAGCAGAUCUCCUCGUCUGACCUUUUUUUAAUAUCCAUGAUGGUUGCCAGUAAAUACUUGUAUGAUGAAGGAGAAGAGGAAGAGGUGUUUAAUGACGAGUGGGGAGCCGCAGGCAAGCUGGAUGUUCAAGUGGUCAACACUCUGGAGAUGAACUUUCUGCGAGCAAUUGAUUGGAACUUGUAUGUAAACACCCAGGAAUUCUUUGAGCUUUUGAGUCGAUUGGAGGGAAGAGUGGCUGAGUCGCAAGGACUGAAACGAGGCUGGUUUACAUACACUGACCUGUGUGUAAUACUGGAACAGGCACUAUGGCAACAGGCAUUUACAGAACUCUACCAGCAUGUUGUUAAGGUUGCUUGCAUGAUGGGACUUGUGUAUCUUACCAGUGUUGCAGGAAUUAUUGCUGGAACUGCAGUCCUGCGCCAGGCAGUCUUUUCAAAGGGUCAGAUAUGUGUGAUUUCCCAGAACCAAGAGCCUGUUUUGAGCCAGGGGGUUAUCCUGGACCCAGUGGAAUGCACCCAGGAGGCCGAGACCUUUCUGUCAACACCAUUUGAAGCAGCAGCCGGUAAUCUGGUCCAGUCUCGAGACUCUCCUUCCGGUCUUCCCUGCUGUAUCUUAGAAGCUGAUGGUAGCAGGGUGAACUCUGGCAUCGGGGUAACUGCACUCUGUCUUUGGGGGACCGUCCUGACUUCACUCACUUACAGUAAUGACGUGAGGGCCUCCCGAGAGGGAGCUAGAAUCACGGCGCCCAUUUCUUGUUCGAAUUGUUGUAAGCUGCACAGUGAGGCCGGGCUGGCCGUUAAAUGCCGGUCAUCAAACCAAACAUCUGUCCAGAUCGCCUUUCGUCAACACAGCCCAUUGGAAGCAUAUGCCUCCAUCCAUUCACACAACACCCUGCCUCAUGUUGGAUGCAAUGGUUGUACAAAAGAGACUGAGUUAAACGGAAAGCCCCCUCACAGCAUUGAACGACUGAUGGACCUCCUGUGUCUCCCUGGUUCCCUAAGGAUGAGUCAAUGCCCUGUGGAAACAGCAUUGGCAUUUAACCAGCUUGUGAUGCCAGUCUUACCCAGUUAGGAGCUUCGCACUCCCAUCGGUCAGAUUUUUGGAAUCGAUAAUUACGGCUAUGUCAGACUGAACAGUUUUCUCUUCUUUGCCCACACCCGGAUCCGACUUAUGAUCUUUUGAGUAAUCUUUAAAUCCAGCCAUGAAAUUAGCAAGACCAAUGUUAACAUCGCAAUAUAACCUUAGUCAGCCACAAAAUCUGUUCUCCAGAAUUGGCAGCUAUACCUAACCUAAACACCAGUGAGAAACACCAUAAAUCCACCAAAUGCUGCCAAGUUUAUGCUUGGUAAGAAGCUGGUCAUUUUGUCUCCAAGACAAAAAUUUUAGACAUGGUGUGUAAUAUGAGCAAUAAAUUUGAUUUAUAAGCAGACACCAUUGGUGUCGAUCCAUGUAUCAAAUCUCAAGGUGCUUUGCAUACAAUGAAUUACCUUAAAGUGCAGCAGUCCCUCAUGUAGGAGAACGCAGCAGCAGCCUUCUGCGUAGCAGAUUCCUCCAAACAAAAAUGUAAAGAAUGUUAUGUUUUGAUGCUCUUGGGUGAGAGAGGGAUGUUGACUUGGGCAAGAGAAAAGCAGAGCGGUGGGAUUUUACUUUCACAUCCAUGCUAACAAACUGGAGUGAGCAGACAGGAGCUCUCUUUGACAUUUCAGCUGAAGGACAGUAUCUCUGGCAAAGCAGCACUCCUGCAUAUCCGCAGUGUGUGCUGCCAUGUAUUAAAUGGAGCCUGAAUCAGAAUGUUUUCACUGCAAAUGAAGGAAGAUGUGAUGCAAAUGCUGUUGGAUCAUUGUACUUUGUUUACUUUUGAUUCAUGGGCCCUGCUGUGUCUGGGAUUUGGAGAUUAUAAAUCUCAGUAUUUUGUAUUCUGGUGAUUGAAGGGCUUCUUUAAUGAAAAGGUUUAAUGGAAGUGGCUAAGAAAUGGGCAUGGGAUACAAAAAAAAGUCUAUAUUUCUGAAAUCUUAGCCAUAUGUUGAUCUCUGUUGAGAGACGUGAAAAAAGGAGACACCACUUUUAACGUUGGGAACUUAAAUCUGUAUCUUUCCUAAAACAUCUUUUGAGCUAUCCGAGUGUCAACUCUAUUCACGAUACAAUACUGUGUAUUGUAUUCACUACUGGGCUGGUUACUGAGUGAUUGAAGGAUAAGGGAAGCAAAAACCGAAGUUGCUGGAAAAGCUCAGCAGGUCUUGGCAGCAUUUGUGAAGAGAUCAAGGAAGCACUGGAGGUUUAAGUUAAAUUUUGUAAUUAGCACUUGGUUUAAUUCGGUCAUCACUUAACCAGAACUUAGCUGCAAAGAUUACCUUAUGAUUUCUCCCAUCCAGAUUUAAUUGUGCUCUGCUAAGUGUACAAGAUGCCGUCGAAAUGUAAACAGUUCCCUCCUCUCUCGUCCCAAAUGUGUAAUUCAGUAUUUUCUUUUAUGUAGCCUCUGCGUUUGUUGUAAUUUAGAGCAGCAGUAAGUUAGAGAGUAACCUUCAUUCCCUCCCCAGUCCCCAAGCCGAUUGUCUGGUCUUCCUGGAUUACUGUCUCAUUGUUGAGGAAGUAACCAAUUCCCUUGAACUGCCUUGGUCCUGGUUUUUUUAUACAACAUCGAACAGUACAGCACAGAACAGGCCCUUCAGCCCACGAUGUUGUGCUGACCACUGAUCCUCAUGUAUGCACCCUCAAAUUUCUGUGACCAUAUGCAUGUCCAGGAGUCUCUUAAAUGUCCCCAAUGACUCUGCCUCCACAACUGCUGCAGGCAACGCAUACCAUGCUCUCACAACUCUGCGUAAAGAACCCACCUCUGACAUUCCCUCUAUACUUUCCUCCAACCAGCUUAAAGCUAUGACCCCUCGUGUUAGUCAUUUCUGCUCUGGGAAAUAGUCUCUGGCUAUCGACUCUAUCUAUGCCUCUCAUUAUCUUGUAUACCUCAAUUAGGUCCCCUCUCUCCUCCUUUUCUCCAAUGAAAAUAGUUCGAGGUCAGUCAACCUCUCUUUGUAAGAUAAGCCCUCCUGUCCAGGAAGCAUCCUGGUAAAUCUCCUCUGAACCCUCUCCAAAGCAUCCUCAUCUUUCCUAUAAUAGGGUGACCAGAACUGGACGCAGUAUUCCAAGUGCGGUCUAACCAAAGUUUUAUAGACCUGCAUCAAGAUCUCACGACUCUUAAACUCAACCCCCCUGUUAAUGAAAGCCAAAACACCAUAUACUUUCUUAACAACCCUAUCCACUUGGAUGGCCAUUUUAAGGGAUCUAUGUACCUGCACACCAAGAUCCCUCUGUUCCUCCACACUGUCAAGAAUCUUAUCCUUAAUUCUGUACUCAGCUUUCAAAUUCGACCUUCCAAAAUGCUUCACCUCACAUUUAUCCAGGUUGAACUCCAUCUGCCACCUCUCAGCCCAUGUCUACAUCCUGUCAAUGUCCCGCUACAGCCUACAACAGCCCUCUACACUGUCAACAACACCUCCAACCUUUGUGUUGUCUGCAAACUUGCUGACCCAUCCUUCAAUCCCCUCAUCCAAGUCAUUAAUAAAAAUUACAAACAGUAGAGACCCAAGGACAGAGCCCUGUGGAGCACCACUCACCACUGACUUCCAGGCAGAAUAUUUUCCUUCUACUACCACUCGCUGUCUUCUAUUGCCCAGCCAAUUCUGUAUCCAGACAGCUAAGUUCCUCUGUAUCCCAUUCCUCCUGACCUUCUGAAUGAACCUACUGUGGGGAACCUUAUCAAAUGUCUUGCUGAAGUCCAUAUACACCACAUCCACAGCUCGACCCUCAUCAACUUUUCUAGUCACAUCCUCAAAGAACUUCAUCAGGUUUAUGAGGCAUGACCUGCCCGUCUCAAAGCCGUGUUGACUGCAUUUAAUCAGGCCAUGCUCUUCCAGUUGGUCAUAAAUCCUAUCCCUCAGAAUCCUUUCUAACACCUUGCAGACGAUAGAUGUGAGACUGACUGGUCUGUAAUUGCUGGGGAUUUCCCUAUUUCCUUUCUUGGAGAGGAAUUACAUUUGCCUCUCUCCAGUCCUCAGCUACGACUCCAGUGGAGAGCGAGGAUGCAAAGAUCUUCGCAAGUGGCGAAGCAAUCCCAUUUCUCGUUUCCCAAAGCAGCCGAGGACAAAUCUGGUCUGGGCCUGGCGACUUGUCAAUCUUAAUGUUUGACAAAAUUUUCAGCACAUCAGCUUCGUCUAUCUCUAUCCAUUCCAGCAUGCACACCUGCUCUUCAAAGGUUUCAUUCACUGCAAAGUUCGUUUCUUUCAAAAGACAGAAGCAGAAAACUCAUUUAGGGCUUCCCCUACCUCCUCAGACUCCACACACAAGUUCCCUAUGCUAUCCCUGUUCGGCCCUACUCUUUCUUUGACUAUUCUCUUACUCCUCACGUAAGUGUAAAAUGCCUUUGUGUUCUCCCUAAUCUGUUCUGCCAAGCCUUUCUCGUGCCCCCUCCUGGCUCUCGUCAAACCAUUUUUGAGCUCCUUCCUCGCCUGCCUGUAAUCCUCUAGAGCUGAGCUUGACCCUAGCUUCCUCCACCUUAUUUAAGUUACCUUUUUCCUUUUGACGAGAACUCCACUGCUCUUGUCAUCCAAGGUUCCUUUAUCUUACCAAUUGCUUGUCACAGAGGGACAUAUUUAUUCAUCACUUGCAACAAAUGUUCCUUAAACAGUCUCCACAUGUCUAUAGUGCCUUUACCAUGGAAUAAUUGCUCCCAUUCCAUGCUUCCUAACUCGUGUCUAAUUGCAUCUUAGUUUCCUCUUCCCCAAUUAACUAGCCUCCUAUUUUGCCUAAUCCUCUCCUUCUCCAUAGCUAUGUAGAAGGUGAGGCAGUUGUGGUCACUAUCACCAAAAUGCUCUCCCACCACGAGAUCUGAUACCUGCCCUGGCUCGUUUCCGAGCAUCAAGUCUAGAAUGUCCUCUCCCCUCGUCAGCCUGUCAACGUACUGAGUUAGGAAACGCUCCUGAACACACCUUACAAAAACAGCUCCAUUCAAAUCUUCUGCUCGAAGGAGGUUCCAAUCAAUAUUGGGAAAGUUAAAGUCACCCAUUACAACAACCCUACUACAUUCACACUUUUCCAAAAUCUGCCGACCUAUGCUUUCUUCCAUCUCCCUGCUGCUAUUGGGGGGCCUGUAAUAAACCCCUAACGAGGUGACUGCUCCCUUGCUGUUCCUAAUUUCCACCCAUACUGACUCGGUAGGCAGAUCUUCCUCGACAAUGGAAGCUUCUGUUGCUGUGAUACCCUCUCUGAUUAGUAGUGCUACACCCCCUCCUUUUUUACCCCCCUCCCUAUUCUUUUUAAAUGCUCUAAACUCUGGAACAUCCAGCAACCAUUCCUGCCCCUGAGAAACCCAUGUCUCUGUUAUGGCCACAACAUCAUAGCACCAGGUACUGAUCCAUGCUCUAAGCUCAUCACUUUUAUUCCUGAUACUCCUUGCAUUAAAGCAAACACACUUUAACUGAUCCCUUGGUUCCUUCCCAGGAAAAUCCUUCCCACUAGCUGGUCUACCUCUUGUUAUUGCCUCAUCUGCAUCAACUCUCACCUCCGGUAUACAGCUCAGGUUCCCACCCCCCUGCCAUACUAGUUUAAACCCUCUCGAACUACUCAAGCAAACCUCCCACCCAGGACAUUGGUCCCCUUCCAGUUCAGGUGCAACCCAUCCUUCUUGUACAGGUCCCACCUUCCCCAGAAGGCAUCCCAAUUAUCUACAUAUCUGAAGCCCUCCCUCCUACACCAGCUGCGCAGCCACGUGUUAAGCUGCGCCCGCUCCCUGUUCCUCGCCUCGUUAUCUCGUGGCACCGGUACUAAACCCAAGAACAGUACUCUGUCCGUCCUGCUUUGCGGCUUCCAUCCUAACUCCCUGAAAUCACUUUUUAUAUCCUCGAUACUUUUCCUGGCUAUAUCAUUGGUGCCAAUAUGUAACACGAUUUCUGGCUGUUCGCCGUCCCCUUUUAGAACCGUAUACACCUGAUCGGAGACAUCCUGGACCCUGGCACCCGGGAGGCAACAUACCUUCCGGGAAUCCUGAUCCUGACCACAUAAUCUACUAUCCAGUCCCCUACCACGAGUACUUUUCUAUUCUGCCCCCUUCCCCUCUUUGCCAGAGUGUCAGGCUCAGUGCCAGAGAACUGACUGCUAUGGCUUUCUUCUGGAAGGUCAUUUUCCCCCCACCCCCAAGCAGUAUCCAAAACAGUAUACUUAUUCCUGAGGGGAAUGUCCAGAGGGGAUCUCUGCACUGUCUCACUGUCCCCUUUCCUCCCCCUAACUGUAACCCAUUUCUCCUUGUCCUGAGCCUUAGGAGUGACCAACUCCCGGUAACUCCUCUCAAUUACCAGAUGGGAGUGAUGGAAUGUAAAAUAUAGCAGGACCACUGCUUCUGAUCAUUACCUAUGUAGGCCAGGCCGGCCAGAACAUUUUCAUUGGCAAGGUUGUAACAAUGGAAUUUGUCCUGACCCUGCCCCUUGCAGUUUGAGUGUGCCAAACAUUGGUCGGGUUAAAAGGGGGAGGACAGGGUGUACCUGAAAGAGCUCACCCCAGCAAGGAUCAUACGUCUCAGGAAGCAUGAGGCUAAAAAGAACCAUCCCUUAAGACAGUUCUUCAACAUGUGUCCCCCUAGCAAGUGAAGUAUCUUAUAAAAACAACUAUCCAUCCACCAACUAUUUUGAAUCCAGGAUCCAGGAAUUGAGGCUUUGAAAAACUCCAGCUAGUCAUCGAAUUAGAUGUGACAGUUAAAUAAUCAGAGCAAUUUUUGCUGCAAGCAUCAUCACAGCAAGUACACAAUAUAGUGCAACAAUAGGCUUUGUACCUGUAAAUUUAGGAAUGAUGUCGAGAAAGGACUAGCCUUCUAGAAAGAUGCAGUUGCCUUCCUUCCUCUGAUCUCAUUCGAUGGCCAGAGAUUUAUGAUCAUGAAAGACAAUCUACAUUCAAUAAGCAAGUAACAUUUUUGCUAUCUUGAAAACUUUGCUGGAGGAACUCAACAAGUCUGGCAGCAUCAAUGGAGAAACAGAGUUAAUCUUUCAAGUCCAACGUGACUCUUCAUUGAACUCAACUUUCAGUCUCGAUAGCUGCUGCCAGACUCCCUGCAUUUCUCCAGCACUUUCUGUUCUGAUUUCAGCGCUCCAAUGCCUGCAAUAUUUUGCUUUUAUUUUGAUGUUUUUGCUACGAUGGACAUUUAGUUUUUCAGAUCUUUGUGUUAAACUUAAAUAUCUAUGCACCAACAUGUCAGUGCUGGUUCCAACAGGGCUGCAGACCCAAAAGAGAAGGCUAAGUAAAACAUGCUGGAAAUCUGAAAUAAAUGCUGGAAACACA